CGGGCCGGCGCUGUGGCCCGGCCGUGAGGGCGGCGCCGAGCCGUGCCGGGCCGUACCGAGCCGUGCGGGGCCGUACCGAGCCGUGCGGGGCCGUGCCGGGUCCGAGGGAUGCGGGCCGCGCUCACCUGGCGCGACAGGGCCGAGCAGUGCAUUUACGACCUCGCGUUCAAGCCGGAUGGGACCCAGCUGAUCAUUGCUGCUGGAAACAGGCUGCUGGUGUAUGAUACUUCUGAUGGAACCCUAAUUCAGCCUUUGAAGGGCCAUAAAGACACUGUGUACUGCGUGGCUUAUGCCAAAGAUGGCAAGCGUUUCGCAUCUGGCUCUGCUGAUAAAAGUGUGAUAAUUUGGACUUCAAAGUUAGAAGGAAUUCUGAAGUACACGCAUAAUGACUCUAUCCAGUGCGUUUCAUACAAUCCUCUCACUCAUCAGCUGGCAUCCUGCUCCUCUGGGGAUUUUGGCUUGUGGUCUCCUGAACAGAAGUCAGUCUCUAAACAUAAAACAAGUAGCAGGAUUACUUGCUGUAGCUGGACAAAUGAUGGCCAGUACCUUGCUUUGGGGAUGUUCAAUGGCAUUGUCAGCAUAAGGAACAAAAAUGGUGAUGAGAAAGUGAAAAUAGAGAGGCCAGGGGGCUCUUCCUCUCCAGUAUGGUCAAUUUGUUGGAAUCCUUCCAGAGAUGAACGAAAUGACAUUUUAGCUGUGGCAGACUGGGGUCAGAAACUUUCCUUUUACCACCUGAGUGGCAAGCAGAUUGGGAAGGACAGAGUGCUCAAUUUUGACCCGUGCUGCAUCAGCUACUUUACUAAAGGAGAGUAUCUCUUGCUGGGAGGGUCAGACAGACAGGUUUCUCUCUUCACAAGGGACGGGGUGCGCCUGGGCACUGUGGGAGAGCAGAGCAGCUGGGUGUGGGCCUGCAAAGUUAAACCAGACUCCAACUAUGUGUCAUCAUAUAUAAACACCACACACUCUGCCAGUCCUCACCUGAAGUCAUUCCCUCGUGGUGUUCAGGCAGUGGGGUGUCAGGAUGGAACCAUCUCCUUCUACCAGCUGAUUUUCAGCACUGUCCAUGGCCUCUAUAAAGACCGCUACGCCUACAGGGACAACAUGACCGACGUUAUUGUCCAGCACCUCAUCACGGAGCAAAAAGUUAGGAUAAAAGGCAGAGAGCUUGUGAAGAAAAUUGCAAUCUACAAAAACAGAUUAGCCAUCCAGAUGCCAGAGAAAAUCCUCAUUUACGAGUUGUACUCGGAUGACUCUGCAGAUAUGUACUAUCGGGUGAAGGAAAAGAUCAUAAAGAAAUUUGAAUGUAACUUGCUGGUGGUGUGUUCAGAUCACAUUAUUUUAUGCCAGGAGAAGAGAUUGCAGUGCCUCUCAUUUAGUGGCGUUAAAGAACGAGAAUGGCUGAUGGAAUCUCUUAUUCGUUACAUUAAAGUAAUUGGAGGGCCUCCAGGAAGAGAAGGCCUCUUAGUUGGUCUAAAGAAUGGUCAGAUCCUGAAGAUCUUCGUGGACAACGCGCUGGCCAUCGUGCUGCUGAAGCAGGCCACGGCCGUGCGCUGCCUGGACAUGAGCGCGUCCCGCAGCAAGCUGGCCGUGGUGGACGAGAACGACACCUGCCUCGUCUACGACAUCCACACCAAGGAGCUGCUCUUCCAGGAACCCAAUGCUAAUAGUGUGGCCUGGAAUACCCAGUGUGAGGAUAUGCUUUGCUUUUCUGGAGGGGGUUACCUCAAUAUCAAAGCCAGCAACUUCCCUGUCCACCAGCAAAAACUGCAAGGCUUUGUUGUGGGUUACAAUGGCUCCAAGAUCUUCUGCCUUCAUGUUUUCUCUAUGUCAGCAGUUGAAGUUCCGCAGUCUGCACCCAUGUAUCAAUAUCUGGAGCGAAAAAUGUUUAAAGAAGCCUAUCAAAUUGCAUGCUUAGGAGUGACUGAUGCUGACUGGAGAGAGCUGGCCAUGGAAGCCUUGGAAGGGCUGGAGUUUGAAACUGCUAAAAAGGCAUUUACCAGAGUACGAGACCUUCGAUAUCUAGAACUGAUCAGCAGCAUAGAGGAUCGGAAAAAGCAGGGAGAGAACAACCACGAGCUGUUCCUGGCAGAUGUUUAUGCCUACCAGGGGAAAUUCCAGGAGGCAGCGAAGCUGUACAAGAGGAGCGGCCGCGAGAGCCUGGCCCUGGAGAUGUACUCGGAGCUGCGCAUGUUCGACCACGCCAAGGAAUUUCUGGGAUCUGGAGAUCCCAAAGACACGAAGAUGCUGAUAAAAAAGCAAGCAGACUGGGCCAAGGAUAUCAAUGAACCCAAGGCAGCAGUGGAGAUGUACCUCUCUGCUGGAGAGCACAUGAGGGCCAUCGAAAUCAGCGGCGACCACGGCUGGGUGGAUAUGUUAAUCGAAAUUGCUCGAAAACUGGAUAAAGCUGAGCGUGAGCCUUUGGCCAAAUGUGCCUUCUAUUUUAAGCAACUUGACAACCCUGGCUAUGCUGCAGAAACCUACAUGAAGGUUGGUGACCUGAAAGCAUUGGUCCAGCUCCACGUGGAGACUCAUCGCUGGGAGGAAGCAUUUGCUCUGAGUGAAAAGCAUCCUGAAUUCAAAGAUGAAGUCUAUGUCCCUUAUGCUCAGUGGCUGGCAGAGAGUGAUCGAUUUGAAGAAGCCCAAAAAGCGUUUCACCAGGCCGGCAGGCAGAGGGAGGCCGUGCGGGUGCUGGAGCAGCUCACACACAACGCCGUGCUCGAGAGCCGCUUCAGCGACGCCGCCUAUUAUUACUGGAUGCUCUCCAUGCAGUGCCUGGACAUCGCCCGAGAGAACGAAGGACAGCAGACCGAAAUGUUGCAGAAGUUUCAUCACUUCCAGCAUUUGGCAGAAGUUUACCAUGUCUAUCACUUUAUCCAAAGAUACACUGAGGAGCCUUUCAGCUUCCACUUGCCUGAAACCCUCUUCAAUAUUUCCAGGUUUCUGCUUCACAGCUUAACAAAGGAGACUCCUUUGGGGAUCUCAAAAGUCAAUACAUUAUUGGCCCUGGCAAAGCAGAGUAAAGCUCUUGGUGCAUAUAAAUUGGCUCGUCAUGCCUAUGACAAGCUGCAGGGACUGCAGAUCCCAGACAGGUUCCAGAAAUCUGUUGAGCUGGGCAGCCUGACAAUCCGAUCCAAGCCAUUCCAUGACAGUGAAGAGCUCGUGCCCCUGUGUUACAGGUGCUCCACCAACAACCCCUUGCUGAAUAACCUGGGCAACGUCUGCAUUAACUGCAGGCAGCCUUUCGUCUUCUCGGCCUCCUCCUACGGUGCGUGGGUUUGCAAGCAGAUAAAUGUUAACAGAGUAGAGGUGCUGCAUCUGGUUGAGUUCUAUUUGGAAGAUGGCAUCACGGAUGAAGAAGCUGUAGCUCUCAUUGAUCUUGAAGCUCCAAGAGUGAGUAAAAGAGAGAAUAAAUGGCAAGAGAUGAUGACUGACAAUGUUCAGAGUUUGAAGCUUGAUGACAGUACAGAUAUUAUUGAGGAUGAUGAUCCCUUUACAGCAAAACUGAGCUUUGAGCAGGGAGGCUCGGCCUUCGUGCCGCUGGUGCUGGGCCGCGCCGCGCUGCGCGCCAUGAGCCGCAGGGACGUGCUGAUCAAGCGCUGGCCGCGGCCGCUGCGCUGGCAGUACUACCGCUCGCUGCUGCCCGACGCCUCCGUCACCGUGUGCCCGUCCUGCUUCCAGAUGUUUCACACAGAAGACUAUGAGCUCCUCAUACUCCAGCAUAAUUGUUGUCCAUUCUGUCGGCGGAGAAUAGAUGAGUCAAACCAAUGACAAUGAAGAAAACCAGUCUUUUACCUCAACAACAGACUCCCCUGUUGGCUUGGCAGAACCCUUCUUAGAUCUGUAGAGCUUUCCUAAUAACUUAGUUACAUCAUCUAGUUCCAUUUUGUAUGUAAGAGUGCAACCAAGUUGAAAAAUUGUAACUAUUUUUUUAAAUUAAAACGUCUGUUUUUUGUGACUGUGCUCUGCAUUUUCCAGGCAAGCAGCUGAAGUGCCACAGAAUUUUACAGGAACAUUUCUAGAAUCAAGUUCAGCCUUCAAGUAAUUGGUUUUACUCCAGAUUGUGCUCCUUAACACACACCAGUUAUUGACAGAUCUUCAAAUAAAUGGGACUA